AUGCCAUCGUCGAACUCCGGCGAGAGCCGCCGAGCCACCAAGCCCCAGAGCGCUGCCGGAGCCCCGCCUCCGCCGGAGCAAGAGAAUCUCCCCUGCCCCCGCUGUGAGUCCACCAACACUAAGUUCUGCUACUACAACAACUACAACUACUCCCAGCCGCGCCACUUCUGCAAGUCGUGCCGCCGGUAUUGGACCCACGGCGGCACCCUCCGCGACAUCCCUGUCGGAGGCGGCAGCCGCAAGAACGCCAAGCGCUCCCGCACCCACCACACUGCCACUUCAUCGUCCUCCUCCACCAUGACGUCACAUCAGGAGCACACUCUACCCGCAUUGGCCCCCGUCGCCACAACCCAAGGAGGGUCCAUGCACUUCGUUGACGGAGACGUUAAUAAACAGAGUAACGUUAACGUCUGCGGGAGUUUCACUUCGUUGCUGAACAACACCCAGGGCAACGGGUUUCUCGCCCUCGGGGGUUUUGGGCUUGGGCUGGGGCACGGGUUGGAGGACAUGGGUUUCGGGAUUAGCAGGUCGGGGUGGGCCUUCCCCGGUAUGGUGGAUGGUGCCAACAUUGGAGGCGGCGUUCCGUCUUCUGGCAUGAGCGCGUGGCAGUUAGAGAGUGGCGAAGGUGGGUUUGUUAGUGGAGACUGUUUCUCAUGGCCUGGGCUUGCGAUUUCAACACCGGGGAAUGGUCUCAAAUGA